AACCUGUUCUUGUUCAGAUGGAACCUGUUCGUCGUCGUGCCUUUGCCGCUUCGCUGCGGGUUGACAAAGAUCUGUACCCUCUCCCUCUGGUACUGACCUUUUCCUUUUAUUAAAAGCCCUUCGAACAAGCGACACCCCCGACACCGCCACUAAAAAACUAAUCUCUACUACAAGUGAUGAUAUCGCCACUUGCGAUAUGAUCAGGUAGCGUUCUAGAAAAAACGCAAAAACCCUUGCCCUUCCCAAUCGCAAGAAUAGAAGUCCCCGGGCACCCCGUGAUCUUGGAGCCCUAGCGGCUGCCCCCUUCUUCUCCGUCUCCGUUCACGUUUGAGUUCUGCGGCGGCCGUCGAGUCUUCAUCAAAGGCUCAAUAACCCCCUGCCCCUUCCUCUUCUUCGUCUCCGUUCCAGAUUAAUUGGAGCGGCAGGAACACUGUUUUCCAAGGCAAUUGCAGCGGCGGACACACACUCUGUUCCUCUUUCUCCACCGUCUCCAUUCCGCCGGCGGCGUGAACACAGUGUUCCAAGAUUCUGUCUGCUCCCAACUGGAGCCAAAGAAAAUCGACAGACAGCUCACUAUACGAGAUGCCGAAACAUGGGAGCAGUAGCAGGAAAGGCAGAUCUCCAAGAAGGAGGAGAAGAUCAGAAGAAUCCAGUUCUGCUUCUGAGGAAGAGAGUGGCCACAACCGGCACAAGAAGAGGUCUUCAAGGGAGAUAACUGAGGAAGAAAUUUCUGAGUAUUUGGCCAAGAAGGCCCAAAAGAAAGCACUCAGUGUUGCUAAAAAGUUAAAGUCACAGACAGUUUCUGGUUAUUCAAAUGACUCGAAUCCUUUUGGUGAUUCCAACCUCAAUGAGAAGUUUGUGUGGAGAAAGAAAAUAGAGCGUGAUGUUUCACAAGGACAACCACUUGUGACGUAUUCAGUGAAAUCAGAGAAAAAGAAACAGAAAGAAAGGAUGGCGGAGAUUGAGAAAGUGAAGAAGAGAAGGGAGGAGCGAGCAAUUGAGAAAGCAAAAUAUGAAGAGGAAAUGGCGGUGCUGGCUAGAGAACGUGCUAGGGCUGAGUUCCAUGACUGGGAAAAGAAGGAAGAAGAGUUUCAUUUUGAUCAAAGCAAAGUCAGGUCAGAGAUUAGAUUGCGCGAGGGGCGUAUAAAACCCAUUGAUAUUCUCUCCAAGCAUCUUAAUGGUUCAGAUGACUUUGACAUUGAGAUUAAUGAACCAUACAUGGUCUUCAAGGGUUUGACAGUGAAGGAAAUGGAAGAGCUUCAUGAUGACAUAAAAAUGCACCUGGAUUUGGAUAGAGCAACACCAACACACAUAAAAUUUUGGGAGGCAUUAAUGGUGGUUUGUGAUUGGGAGCUGGCUGAGGCUCGGAAAAAGGAUGCCUUAGAUCGUGCUCGGGUACGGGGACAGGAACCACCAGCUGAAUUGCUUGCUGAGGAAAGAGGUUUGCACUCUAGCAUUGAAGGAGAUGUCAAGAAUGUCCUGGAAGCGAAGACUUGCAAUGAACUAGAGGAAUUAGAAUCACAGAUUGACUCAGGGUUGCGUUCUGGCACUGCCAAGGUGGUUGAGUUCUGGCAGGCUGUUCAGAAACACCUUACAAUAUAUAAGGCAAAGGCUCUUCUAAAGGAGAUUCACGCUAAUCUAUUGCAUAGACAUCUCCAACGUCUGGAGCAACCUUUGGAAAGUGAGGAAGACGUGGAAGGAGAUCAUGAACUAAAUCCUCAAGAGGGCGUCAUUCAUGAUGUGGAGGAUGUUCAACCUUAUUCUCCUGAGCCCCUGAUCAUUGAAGAGACUUGUGAGCCUGAAGAAGAAGCUGGUUCAUUUUCACCGCAACUGUUGCAUGGGGAUGAAAAUGAAGAAGCAGUUGACCCUGAAGAGGAUAGGAUUGAACUGGAAAGAAAAAGAGUUGCUGUACUAGAAGAACAGCAAAGACGGAUUCGGGAAUCAAUGGCAUCAAAACCAAGUUCUUCAGAAGAUAACUUGGAGCUGAAAGCCAUGAAAGCUAUGGGUGCUAUGGAAGAAGGGGAUGCAGUAUAUGGCGCUGGUGCUGAAGUCAACCUGGAUUCGCAAGUGUACUGGUGGCAUGAUAAAUACCGUCCAAGGAAACCGAAGUAUUUCAAUCGGGUUCACACUGGCUAUGAGUGGAACAAAUACAACCAAACCCACUACGACCAUGACAAUCCACCUCCAAAGAUCGUACAAGGUUACAAAUUUAAUAUUUUUUACCCAGAUCUUGUUGACAAAACAAAAGCUCCUGUGUAUACCAUAGAAAAGGAUGGAAGCAGUGGUGAGACAUGCCUUAUCAGAUUUCAUGCUGGUCCACCUUACGAAGACAUUGCAUUCCGGAUUGUGAACAAAGAGUGGGAAUAUUCCCACAAGAAGGGUUUCAAAUGCACAUUUGAGCGGGGCAUUUUGCAUGUCUAUUUUAACUUCAAACGCUAUCGUUACCGCAGAUAAGUUAAAACAGGCCUUGGUGUGUGCUAUGUCAAGCUAUACUCAUGUAUGCAUUUUAUUACUUGAAGGAGGAAAGCCAGUAAACCCAGAAUGUGAAGCAAGGCGAGGGGAAAAUAGUCCACUUUGCUCGAAAGGUCCAUCUGGCAACAAGCUUGAAAGUCCAGGUACACAUCACAGCAUCCUUAGCGCUCCGAGGGGUUACCAUCCAUUAUAACUGGGUGCUUAUAUUGGGCUCCGCUCCAUCUUCUGAUUUAGGAUCAAGAGGGCGUAGAGCAAAUAACCGCAGGUUUCUUCUAAGAUUUUCACCGAUGGACAAUAUUUAUAAUCCUUGAAAGUAUAGAGCAGGCAGACUCUAAUUGCCCAAGAAUCAGAAUGCCCGAUAAUAAUUUACAGUGAAAUAUGGAUUGGAUCAAGUAAGGAGCCAUCUAUAUUAGUUCCCUGUGAAAUGUAAAAUAUUGCUGCAAAUCGAAGUCAAUGGAACACAUGUUGCACAGGUCACAAAAUUGGUCUGGUUUAUACAGAUAUGACAUUUAGUCUCGAUUCACCAA